GUGCAGUCGGCGCCCGCGGGGGGCGCUGGCCGCGCCCACGCUGCGGGGACGCCGCGACGCCCGCGGGGCCAGGCCGCGGGGGUAGCCACCAACUGGAGCUGGACGGCGGCACGUCCAGCGACGAGGUGGGUCAGAAGUUGGGGGCACCCUUUGAUUGCCCCGCCAGUGACUGCGAGGCGGCGUCCGCGGACCCAGCGGGCGCCACAUCCCGUCCAAACCCUUUGUCGGAUCGGCAAGAAUUAUGGCGAGAACGCGAAGCUGGAGAUGGUCCUACGGCGGCUUCAGCUUCACCCAAGUGUUGGAAGUUCUGCACCUGCAACACCACCAGCUGGAGCAGCGUGCAGUGGUUCCUCGAGAACGAGUGCGACGCCGACGUGGUCAUGCUGCAGGAGGUGGCCAUCGCUCCUGAGCUGCAGCCUGAUCGCGAAGCAGCAGUAGGUCGCCUAGGUUGGAAGGCCAAGGCUGCGCCCUCUCGGGACACGGGAGGAGGCCUCUCAGGGGGCGUGUUGGUGGGCACGUGGCCUCACAUUGGCCUCUGCGAGGCUCCUGUCCCGAAGCGCCCUUGGCCCUCUGAGCGGGUUCUCCUCAUGUGGGUCAACGGCUUGGUUCCUGGAGGCUUUAUUGCUGGGUCGGUUUAUUUGGUCUCUGGCGGGGGCCUCGAUGACCAGAGUUUUCUGAUCCUGAAGCAGCUGGGCGAGGCCUUGAAGGCCAUGGGGCAGCCGUUCAUUCUCGGGGGUGACUGGAACGUGGUCUCAGGCAAGCCGUGUGCCUUGGAGUUGCCCUCCCUCAAGCUGCCCAAGCAGUUCCCGCUAGAGCUCCCCUUCGGUCCUCGCCCGUUAGGUAAGUCAUGGGAUGCUGUGCACACCAUCGUCGAUGAUGUGAAUAGCGAAUUCGACCUGCCGUCUGCCUACCUCUCGUUCUGUGACGCCGCAGAGGACGAGCUCUCUCUCCUGCACGGUCUGGAGACGAGUGAAGCUAGGAAACGGCAGUGCGAGUCUCGGGACGCCUUGGGUCUUCGGCGUAAGCUUCUGGAUUGGUCGGGGCGACUCAAGCAGGACCCAGUCUGGAACAGCUUCAGAACGGAUCUUGGGACGCUGGAUAUACACCCCGAUCUUAAUCUGGAGUCAUUCAUCGUCAGGGCCCAGAGCGAGGCCCACAGGAUCGAAAGCAUCUUCGCGAAGUCCAGGGCCAAGAACUGUGUAAGUGAGCUGGACCGUCUCGCGGUUAUUCAGCAGCACAUACAGGCGCUCGACCUCGACCCGACCCCACAGCCUAUCGAGUUGCCGCUCCUGAGGAGGACACUCGGCAAGUUUAAGAAGUGGACGGCAGUGGGAGCAGACGGUUGGCACCCGCACGUCCUGAACCAGUUGUCCGACGACGGGCUUCUGGCGCUUUCUACCCUCUUGUGGCAGAUGGAGAGGCUGGCCGCCUUCCCGUUUCAGUUGUGGAAGAUUGUCAUUGGGUUUUUACUGAAACCAGAAGGGGGGAGGCGUCCAAUCGGCAUCUUGACCACGUGCAUGCGCGUUCUCUCGGCCUGCAGGAAGUCUGAGGCUAAGCAGUGGGAGAGGGGGCAUGAGAGGGAUUGGGUCUACGCCACGCAGGGGAAGAGUUGUGAGAGGGCGGUCUGGGUUCAGUCCGCUAUGAACGAGUGGGCCUCUCAUCGCAACCAGUCUUCUGCCUCAGGCCUGGUUGAUCUUCAGAAGGCGUAUGAGCAUGUCGGACACGUUCGCCUUUUGGAUUUCGCGGUGCAGCACAGUUUCAGCCCGCGCAGAGUUGCCCUCCUGGUCACUAUGUACAGCGCCCCUAGGGUUCUGCAGGUGGGGCUAUUCGUUUCGGAGUGGUUUAGAGUUGCUCAAGGGAUCCUCGCAGGGUGUGCAUAUGCUACGAUGCUCCUCCGUCUGUACCUCACCAGUACUCUUGAUUCGGUCAUCCCUCUCGCCGUCAACAUCUCUGCCUACCUAGUGGUGGAUGACUGUACGUUGUCAGUGAUCGGGCCAGCCGAGAUGGUAUUUCGUGGGCUGGUACGAGCGCUCCACGCAUUGUGCAGCAAGCUGGAGGAUCUAG